CCAUCACCACAACUACCACCAUCACCACCACCACAACUACCACCACCACCAUCACCCCCUCCCCAAUCUCCCUCCACGAUGUCGAAGCGACACCGGGUUGACAUCGGGGACGACUACGCCGCCAACAAAAAGCGUCACGACCGGGACCGCGGCGACCGCGGCGACCGUGGCGACCGCGGUGACCGUGGCGACCGCGGUGACCGUGGCGACCGUGACCGUGGCGACCGCGGUGACCGUGGCGACCGGGAUUCGCACCACCGUGACCGGGAGCGCGAUGGCGGCCGGGACGGCGGCCGGGACGGCGGCCGAGACCACCGCUACGGUGGUGGGGGCGGAGGGAACUCCCUCACUCCCGGGGUGUUUCCCGCCACGCUGGGCCUCCCUCCCGGCCUGGGCGCCAGUGGCUUCUCUGGGGGUCUCGUCCCGCCCUUGCGGUCCCCCCAGGGCCUCACCCUGAACCCCUUCACCGGCCUGCCCUACACCCCCCGCUACUACGAGAUCCUGAAGAAGCGCGUCGCUCUGCCCGUCUGGGAGUACCGAGAGCGCUUCAUGCUCACGCUGGAAAAGCACCAGCAGAUGGUGCUGGUGGGAGAGACUGGGUCGGGGAAGACUACACAGAUCCCGCAGUGGUGCGUUGACUUUGUCCGUGCGGCUGCUGCGAACGCAGCUGCGAGCGGGCCCGGUGGGGCCGGCCUGGUGCGUCGUGGUGUGGCCUGCACCCAGCCCCGCCGCGUGGCCGCGAUGAGCGUGGCCCAGCGCGUAGCGGACGAGAUGGACGUGGCGCUGGGCCAGGAGGUCGGGUUCUCGAUUCGCUUCGAGGACUGUAGCAGUCCCAAGACUGUGCUCAAGUACAUGACUGACGGCAUGCUCCUUCGCGAGGCGAUGAACGACCCCCUACUGGAGCGAUACGGAGUGGUCAUGCUGGACGAAGCUCACGAGCGCACGCUGGCCACGGACAUCCUCAUGGGAGUCCUCAAGGAGAUCACCAAACAGAGGGCUGACCUCAAGAUCAUCAUCAUGAGCGCGACGCUGGACGCUGGCAAGUUCCAGGAAUACUUUGACCGCUGCCCGCUGAUGAGCAUCCCCGGCCGAACUCAUCCUGUGGAGAUAUUCUACACGCCCGAGCCGGAGCGAGACUACUUAGAGGCGGCGAUACGCACGGUCAUCCAGAUACACAUGUGUGAGGAGGACGAGGGUGAUCUCUUGCUCUUCCUCACCGGCCAAGAGGAGAUUGAGGAGGCCUGCAAGCGAAUCAAGCGUGAGAUUGAGAACCUGGGCCCCGAGGUUGGCGACGUGAAGAUCAUUCCGCUCUACUCCACGUUGCCCCCACAACAGCAGCAGCGAAUCUUCGAGCCGGCGCCUCCACGCAAGCAAAACGGAGCCAUCGGGCGCAAGAUUGUGGUGUCAACCAACAUCGCGGAGACUUCGCUCACUAUUGAUGGUGUUGUCUUUGUGAUCGACCCGGGGUUCGCCAAGCAGAAGGUGUACAACCCCCGUAUCCGUGUCGAGUCCCUCCUGGUAACCGCCAUCAGCAAAGCCUCGGCCCAGCAGAGGGCCGGGCGGGCCGGCCGGACCCGGCCUGGGAAAUGUUUCCGUCUCUACACAGAGAAGGCUUACCGCAACGAGAUGCAGGACAACACCUACCCAGAGAUCCUCCGCUCCAACCUGGGCACAGUGGUGUUACAGCUGAAGAAGUUGGGGAUCGAUGAUCUGGUCCACUUCGACUUCAUGGAUCCGCCAGCCCCCGAGACGCUGAUGCGAGCCCUUGAGCUGCUGAACUACCUGGGGGCCCUCAAUGACGAUGGGGACCUCACGGAGCUUGGUGCCACCAUGGCAGAGUUCCCGCUCGAUCCUCAGCUCGCCAAGAUGCUCAUUAACUCGUGUGAUUGCUACUGCUCCAACGAGAUCCUCUCCAUCACCGCCAUGCUGUCAGUCCCGCAGUGCUUUGUGAGACCGACGGAAGCCAAGAAGGCCGCCGAUGAAUCCAAGAUGCGUUUUGCUCACAUUGAUGGUGACCACCUCACCCUGCUGAACGUCUACCACGCCUUCAAGCAGAACCACGACUCUAACCAGUGGUGUUAUGACAAUUUCGUCAACUACCGCUCGCUCAUGUCAGCUGACAACGUCCGUCAGCAGCUGGGCCGCAUCAUGGAUCGCUUUGCCCUCCCGCGGAGAUCCACGGAGUUCACCAGCCGAGACUACUACAGCAACAUUCGGCGGGCACUGGUGUCGGGAUUCUUCAUGCAGGUAGCUCACCUGGAGCGAACGGGACACUACCUGACAGUGAAGGAUAACCAGGUGGUCCAGCUCCACCCGUCCACGUGCCUGGACCACAAGCCCGAGUGGGUCCUCUAUAACGAGUUCGUGCUCACCACCAAGAACUACAUCCGUACAGUCACAGACGUCAAGCCAGACUGGUUGAUCCGCAUAGCCCCCAUGUACUACGACCUGAGCAACUUCCCCCAGUGUGAAGCUCGCCGCCAACUUGAGAGGAUCGCCGGCAAGCUGGAGAGCAAAGAGUACAGCCAGUACUGAUCACAGAGACACACAGAGAGACAGAGAGACAGGGGAGAGAGACACAGAGACAGGGGAGAGACAGGGGAGAGAGACACAGAGAGAGAGCAAAGAGUACAGCCAGUACUAA